AUGUCCAACGACAAGUACUCUACUCCAUUGUCCUCCCGUUAUGCGUCGGAGGAGAUGUCCAAGAUCUUUUCCUUGAGAAACAGAUUUUCCACCUGGAGAAAGUUGUGGUUGAACUUGGCCAUUGCUGAGCAAAAGGUCGGUUUGUCAAUGAUCACUGAUGAGGCCAUUGAGCAAAUGAAGCAGCACUUGGACAUCACCGACGAGGAGAUCGCCGCUGCUUCUGUUGAGGAGGCUAAGGUCAGACACGAUGUCAUGGCUCAUGUCCACGUUUUCGGUGAGACUUGUCCAGCUGCCGCUGGUAUCAUCCACUUGGGUGCUACUUCUUGUUACGUCACUGACAACGCCGACUUGAUUUUCUUGAGAGACGCCUACGAUGUGUUGAUCCCUAAGUUGGUCAACGUCAUCGACAGAUUGUCCAAGUUCGCUUUGCAAUACAAGGACUUGCCAGUUUUGGGUUGGACUCACUUCCAACCAGCUCAAUUGACUACUGUUGGUAAGAGAGCCACUUUGUGGAUCCAAGAGUUGUUGUGGGACUUGCGUAACAUGGUUAGAGCUAGAAACGACUUGGGUUUGAGAGGUGUCAAGGGUACCACCGGUACUCAAGCUUCUUUCUUGUCCCUUUUCCACGGUGACCACGACAAGGUCGAGGAGUUGGACCAAACCGUCGUGAACUUGUUGGGCUUUGAGCACGUGUACCCAGUCACUGGUCAAACUUAUUCAAGAAAGAUCGAUAUUGAUGUGUUGAGUCCAUUGGCCUCUUUGGGUGCUACUACUCACAAGUUCGCCACUGACAUCCGUUUGUUGGCUAACUUGAAGGAGAUUGAGGAGCCAUUUGAGAAGUCUCAAAUUGGUUCUAGUGCUAUGGCUUACAAGAGAAACCCAAUGAGAUCCGAGAGAGUCUGCUCUUUGUCCAGACACUUGGGAGGUUUGUUGAACGAUGCCAUUCAAACCGCAUCUGUCCAAUGGUUCGAGAGAACUUUGGAUGACUCCGCUAUCAGAAGAAUCUCUCUUCCUUCUGCUUUCUUGACCGCCGACAUUUUGUUGUCCACUAUGAUCAACAUUACCUCUGGCUUGGUUGUCUACCCUAAGGUUAUCGAGAGAAGAAUCAACGCUGAGUUGCCAUUCAUGGCCACCGAGAACAUUAUCAUGGCCAUGGUUGAGAAAGGUGGUUCUAGACAAGACUGUCACGAAGAGAUUAGAGUCUUGUCUCACCAAGCCUCUGACGUUGUCAAGCAGGAAGGUGGUGACAACGACUUGAUCGAGAGAGUUAAGAAGACUGAGUACUUCAAGCCUAUCUGGGCUGAAUUGGAUUCCCUCUUGGACCCAAGCACCUUUGUUGGUAGAGCUCCUCAACAAACCGAGAAGUUCGUCAACAAGGAUGUUGCUGAGGCUUUGGCUCCAUUCAAGAGCAUGAUCACCUCUGAGAACGUCUCUUUGAGCGUUUAA